CGAAUAUUACCAAACGGCGUCUGUCUGCAGAAACCACGAAUUCGUGUCGCAAGCGCAUAAUCUUGUGGUCUCAACUCAGUUGUCAGACAUCUUUUUUCUUCUUAUUUUUCAUUUGAAUUUUAACGUUACUUAAUGUUUCAAUAACUCCGUAAUAGUUUUCUGAUUUACAAAAACAUUUUAAGUGAACAUUUAACUUUUGAUGAAAACACAGUUAUUAUAAUGGCUAACCAACAAACCUCGUUUAGAACUUUUGAAGUAUCAGUGUCAGUUCAACCAUCAAAUAGCGAGACUUUACUUUUCCACGAUAUACUCGAAGAAAAGUCUUUGGCUUUACGUAAUGCACUGAAAGAAUUUUUAAAAACUCAUCCAUACAGAUUAUUUGAUAGUGAGUUUUCAACUUUUUUAAAUCGUUUAAAUCGCAUUGGAAAUGUAGAACGUAAUACAACCUCAAAUGCCUUGAGGUCUACAACUAUGGCUGAAAGUAAUCCAGUAAACCCCAUACCCAACCCUAUCUCAAACAUGCCAAUUGCCAAUAAUAACAGCGCAAAUGGUUCACAAAUAAUUGGAGAAUCCAAUAUUGAACCUAAUCCAUUCAGACCACAUUUAGGCGACAUUUCUAAGACUCAUCAUCUGGCAACUAUGUCUGAAUACAAUGACAGAAUAAUUAUGAAAGAUGAACCACUUUUCAUGAACAUCAAUGCAGCAAGCCAACUUACUCAAAAUCAGCCCGAUGAAGAUGAUGAAGACGAUGAAGAUGAUGAAAAGUAUUUAAACAAGUGGUGUGUGAAACUGGAAGAAAUAAAAUCAGGCCCGGACUCUACAUUUAUUAUUAAAUUAUUUGGUAAAUAUACAUAAGUACACAUUUAUUUUAUACCUAAUGUUGGUAAAUGAUUUUUGUCAAGUAGAUAUACAUCAUUGAUAAAACCUAUAAUCAUAAUAUUAAACUAAACAAUAAAAUAUUAAAUAUAGAUAUUUAUAGGUACUUACUUAUAGAUAAAUAUAGUUAAUAAACGAAUGAAUGCGUUGCCAGGAGUACCUAUUAUGUGUAUUAUAGUGUAUUAUAUUAUAUGUAUUAUAUUAUAUGUAUUAUAUUAUAUGUAUUAUAUUAGUGUAUUAUACGACUGGUUUCAAAUUAAAAAUUCAUCAUCAGGUGCUUUACAGUCGUGAUUUACAAAUGUAAAACGUGAUUAAUUUGACGCAUUCAUUCAUUUAUAUAUUUAUUUACGAGUAUUAACUAUUUUAAUAAUUUUGUUUUUACUUUAUUAUUUUAUUUCUUAUAGAUUCAUUAAAUUAAUUAUGUUAUCAGUAAACUAAGUAAAAAAAAAAAUAGGUCUUUUGAACAAUUGCUUUGUUUUGAUCGGGUCAUUUAUAAUUUUGUUCAUAUUGUUAAUUUUGUUUAUGUGAACAAUGAACGAAUUAAACCUAAUGACUACUUACUAAAUCAAAAUAUCUUAUCGGUUAUCAUAUUGAUAUACUAAUAUAGUUUCCAAUUCUCGUCAAAUUUAUAUACUUGUAUUAGUAUUUUUUUUUUUAGUAUAGAAUUAAUGCGACUUAUGGUGUCCAGUUAUUUAUAAUAAUAAUAAAGUUAACACAAAGGUACCUACUACCUAGGUUGCGUUUAGUUUAAAGUUAUAGUGUACCUAUGUAUAAAGGGCGUCAUAUUUCGCUGUCGGUUUUUGUCCAUAUACAUGGUUUUAACAUGAAAAUGAAAACCGAUUGGCAUAAUUUUACUUUAGGGCUUAGGCAAUUUUUUGUAAUUUUUUUUUCAAAAUGUGUGUUUUUUCGUGCUCAAUUUAAUGCUGUUUUAAAAAAAAUUUUGUCCAACUUCGUUCGGAAGUUAUGGUCAAAAAACUUUUUACUUUUUCCAAAUCGUGUUUUUAUGUUUAAAAUAUCAAAAAUUAAUAUUUUUGGAAAUUUUUUUUUAAUUGUUAAUAUUUUUAUGCUCAACAUUUUAAUGAAAUCAUAAUUUACCAAUUGUGCUUACUUUUCCUGUUAUGUCAAUAAACCAUGUAAAACUUAAUUAUAAAGUUAUUUCAAACAUUUGUAUAUUAAGGUAACUCAAAAUUUACUUUUUAUGUUUUUUUUUUUUUUCAUUUAAUGGGUAACAAUACAAAGAAGUUUUUGGUGAAAUCAAAAUAUAGAAUAAGAGUAUAAUUUCGAAGUUAUAGCCAUUUAAAGUUGGUAAAAAAUGUGUAUCGUCUUAAAUAUUAUAUUAUAUUGCUUUCAUUAAUUUGUUACUGGUACAUUCGAAAUGCUUUUUUACUUUUCAUUGUUACCUACCUAAUGUGGUUUUGCACAACAAAUCGAGGAUUAUUUUUGUUUAAAAUAAUCCUAGACAAAAAUUAAUUCGAUUAGAAGUACCUAUACAAUACAACUUUAAAUGACUAUAACUUCGAAUUCAAAAAAUCAAUUAAUUUGCAAAUGUUUGAAAUAACUUUAUAAUUAAGUUUCAUGUGGUUUAUUGACAUUAACAGAAAAAGUAAGAACGAUUGGUUAAUUCUGAUUUCACUAAAAUGUUAAGCAUAAAAUAAUAACAAUUUAAAAAAAAAAAAUAUUCUAAAAAUAAUAAUUCUUAAUAUUUUAAACAUAAAAACACGAUUUUUGGAAAAAUUGAAAAUUUUGAAGUUUUUUGACUGUAACUUCCGAAUGAAGUUUGACCGACUUUUUUAAAGCAGCAUUAAUUUGAACAUGAAAAAACACAUUUUGAAAAAAAAUCGACUAGGCCUUAAGGUAAAAUUGUACCAACCGAUUUAUUUCAUUAUAGUGUAUGGGCGGCUUAAUGUUUACUAUAAUUAAAAUAGUUUUAAUUUUAAUUACAGAGGGGUUGUAUGACUUUUAGUCUACUUAUUCUAGUCUUCACAAAUUUAAUAAUAUUAAAUUCGUUGAUGAACUUGUAAUCAUGGUUAUAGAUAAACUAUAUUCGUGGUUUCUUAGAUAUAUGUAAUUUAAUACAACAAUAUUUAUUGAUGGUACAUCGCUAGUAUAUUUUGCUACCUACUAACAUUUUAUUAAAAGAUAUAUAGGAUAUGAACAUAAAUUUUCAAUUGAAUGUUUACUUUUAUAAAUUAUUUAAUAAUUUGUUGUAUCCAUUACUUUGUUUUCCUAAUUUAGGUGUGUUGGUAAAAAAAGACUUGGUUAAAGUGCUGGAAAAAGAUCAUUGUGCUGGAAUUUUAAAAUUUCGAAAAAAUAAAAAUUUAGUUCAAACUGAUAAAGGAUUAUACAAUUUAAUUGGUCCCAUUCGAGGAGGCUUACCAAAUAAUUUGUUCCUACGGUGUCUUGAAGCAAAAGGUAUUCCUAGGACUUGGAAACAUUUUUUAACAAGAUUUUAUAAUUUUAGAAUAAUAAAAAAAAAAGUUCCUGUCGUAAAUGUCAAUAAAAGUUUUACCAGAAGUGGUACUGUUUAUAACAAAAAUAUUUCAAUUUCUGGAAUUGAAAAAUCAGAUAAAAAGCGAAAACAUUCUGAAGAAGAGGGAUUAAAUUUAAAAAAAAUCAAAAGUGAUAAUAUUCAUAAAGAAUUAUCAAUUGCAUCAACUUCCAAGAAUUCCAAUGGAAUUAAUACCACUGGCGAUCAAAAAACAAUAAAAGGACAAAAAAGUUCUAAUGGCAAAAAAACAAAGGUAAUAAAAAACAAAGGUAAUAAUAUUCGUAAAAAAUUAUCAAUUGCAUCGACUUCCAAAAAAUCCAAUGGAAUUAAAACUACUUAUGAUAAAAAAACAAAAAAAGGGCAAAAAAGUUCUAAUAGCAAAAAACCAAAUUUAAAAAAAAUCAAAAAUGAUAAUAUUCGUAAAAAAUCGCCAAUUGCAUCAACUUCCAAGAAACUCAAUGGAGUUAAUACUACUAGUGAUCAAAAAACAAAUAAACAACAAAAAAGUUCUGAGGAUGAAGUAUCAAAUUUAAGAAAAAUCAAAAAUGAUAAUAUUCGUAGAGAAUUAUUAAUUGCAACAGCUUCAAAGAAAUUCAAUAAAAUUAAUACUCCUGCUCAAUAUUUGAAGUAUAAAUUCCAUCAAAAGUUGAUUAAAACAUGCAGCCUAAUGACAAAAGCAAGUAUGUAAUAUUAUUGAGCAUUUUCACUAAAAAAAAAAAAAAAAAAAGUUAUAAUUCUUACAUUCCUUAAUUAUUUUUGUCUUUUAUACACAAAGUGUAUGUUGUUAAACAAAUUAUGUAUGUAUAAUGUACAUAUAUAUUCCAGUAAAGUGUUAAACCAGAUUUCAAAGUAUUUUAAAUUAAAAAACAAAUUUAACUGUGAUAUGUAUGUAAUAGCCCAAACCAUUUGUUUUUUCAGUACAAAUAGAAAUCCCAAAUUAAAAUUAUGAUAACAAAAUAAAUAUCUCAACUUUUAAUUGAAAAUUAACUAAUAUUUUACAAAAAUAUACCAACUUUAAAAGUUCUUUUACAUUUAAGAGAAGAGAGUUGAUUGUAGAAAAUACAUCAGUGAUACUGUCAUUAUUUACAUGUAUGUCAGGUUCACAAGCUAUGUUUAUUAAAGAGUUACUAUUAUAAGCUACCUUCAUAAGUCCUAAUCUAAAGUAUACAUUUUUACAUUAAUCACCAAUUAGUUACCUACAAGCUAAAUAAUAUCCAACAUUUACAUAUUAACUCCCCGCUCAGCAAUAUUAGAAUUUUUGUUGGCAAUCAUCACUUGGCAAAUUUGUUCGACUAAAAUUUAUUAAUAUUCAAAAUUAUUUCAAAACAAAAAAAAAAUAUUUAAUAAAUGAUUUAAUAUUAUUUGAUAAACUUAAAGAUUAAGAUUAUUUUAAAUUAGUACAAGAUAACUAAACCUACCUAUCUCUUAUAUUACAUUUUUAACGACAUUGAUAUUCCUUUUCAUGAUUUUUCCAACUAUUAAGAAAAAUGCUUGGAAAAUCAAAAAAUGACCUGUUUAAAGUACCAACUAGAUAAAAGUUUCCUUUCAGAAAAGGUGCUACACUUAAAAAUUGUAAAACUAAUACAUUUCUUGUUAAUUUUUUACGCAAAUUGACACAAGUUUUAAAAUUUUAUCUAUGGUUUUAUAACAACUAAUAAUAAGUGAUGAAUCAUAACUACAAUUUUUGUUAACAAAAACUGAAUAUUUCAAAUUCUAGUCAGCAAAUUUAAAGACCACACCUUCCCCCUAUGAUUUUUUUAAAGAUCAUCCUUAUCAGUUACAUUUUUGAUGCCUAACAGGGUCAAUUGGUUAGGUAAGGUUAAUGGGGACAGAUAAGUAGGAUGCAAGGUAGAUAAGUUGACAGAAGUGGUACUAUUAAUAGGAAAUAUCAACAUUUCCAAAAAGAAAAAUGAGAGGGUAUAAUUAGAUACAUAAAACGACACUUAUUAUUUUUUAGUGCACAGACCAGCUUAUAAACAACAAAAUGAUCACUAAUGAAUUAUGUUUUAUUUACAGCAUCAAAGAUGGGAUUAAAUUAAUUCAGUAUGAAUGUUAUGAAUUGAUGGACUACAUAAUUACUAAUUUAUGAACAAUUAUAUAUUUAAUAAACAUUUUAAUACUUUGAUAUAAAUGGACAAACAUAGCCAGGCGUAUUAUCUAAUAUAAUAGAUAUAUACAUAUACUACUAAAUUAUUUGUUUUAGUUGUAAUGCUUUAUAUAAUUUAUUAUUCAUAUGUUUAACAAAUUUGAAGCUUUUAAAUUACUUUUUUUUUUUUUACAUUAUAGAGUAGGUAAAAAAAAAAAUAGUCCACUUUAAAAUAAUAUAACAUAAAAUCUAUGGUAUUGUUUUAUUUUAAUUAUAACUAUGUUAAUAAAAUUGUAUUAUGACAAUAGUGUACCUAUACAAAUCAAUGUUCAAAUCAGGAAAAUUAUAAAGUAGUUGAGUUCGACAAGAAAUUUAAAAGAAAAGUUUAAAAUUAAAUACUAUAGUAUAUGCUUACACUCUCCACCACACCUUUAAUUAUCUUUCAAAUAUUAUCAGACCAGCUAGUUAUUAUUAUUUUUUAAUAUUAUAAUAAUAAACAAUUAAAGUAGUACUAUAAAACUUAAGUUAAAUAUAUUACAAUUUUCAUUCAUAUUUUAAUAAGACUAAAAUAAUUUAUAAAUUUAGAUUUUUUACUAAUUUAGUUUCAGCAUAAGUGAAUGUGUUAAUUUAGUGUGGAUACCUAUAUAUAAGAAAUUAGAUUAGAGAUUUCAACUUCUAUAUUUUUAUUAGCUUAUAGUAUUUAUAUAUUUAAAUACAUUUUUAUUAUUAUAAUAUUUAACAGUUAAAUACAUUUUAAACGUUUUUAUAUUCUUAUUUUUUUUUUUAAUUUUCAUCCUAAUUUGAACACUAGUUUAAGUAUAAUACUAUAAGUAGUAGUAAAAUCUAGCUAUAUAAGUUUUAAAAUAUAUAUGUUUCUUAAGUUUUUAAUUUACAAGUAUUAACAUUGUAUGUUGUAUGUAAGUUUAAAUUAUAUGUAUACGUAGGACCAUUUGGUUGAUUUCAGAACUGGUUAUUAAAGUAAUCUCCCCCCCCCCCUAUAUAUUAAUUUGGCGUUUUAUAUAUUUUAAUUAAAUACUCCCCUUUGGAAAAUGUCUGAAUCCACCAUUUGUACAUUUUAAUUGACCAAUAAUUCAUAUUAUUUAUGAAUGUUUUAAUAAAUUUAUUCCAUACAAAUUAAUAUUAAUAAUAACAUUAAUUUAAUUUACAAUUAUUAAGUAUACCCAUAUAAUACCUCACCAUUCUAAAUAUAAAACAUUUUAGUCGAUUUUGUCAUACUACCCUCUCAUAUUCUUGUUUUAAUGUUGAUUUAUUAAAAUUAAAAUUAAAAAUUUAGGGCCCACCCAGUUUUUUAUUUGGGGGGGAGCUUUUAAAAAAAUUUUCAUCCAGAUAGAAAAUAGUUGUAUAUGCUUGAAAUUAGUUAAAAAUUAAAUGCACUAAAAAAUACAUUAAGCAAACUGACUAUUGGGAGGUCUUAAUCCCUGUAUCACCUCCCUUUGAAUGUAUCCAUGUAAGAUUUCAACAGCAGGAUAAUUAGCCUGCCAUCUUAAUUCUUAUUUUUAUUGCUAUUGUUUUUAAUAAAACCAUUUUUAAAACUUUUAUUCACAAUACAUCACUAAUUAAACUUGCCACUUAAAAUAAAAAUAAAACAUUUCUUAAUAGCCCAUAGUUUGAAAUUGCAUGCAUUAGGCAUAUUGACUUAGUAAAGCAGAGCCUACACAUAAAUAGCUUAAGUUAUAAGUUAAAUAUUUAAGUUUUUAUAAUUUGUAUAAGUUCAAGUUAGUAAGUUAUGUUAAAUACAAUCCUAAAAAUGUUACUAAAACUAUGAUUUUAAGAUUUAAAUUAAUCUCUCAGCACGACAAUAGGUCUUAAAACUAUAAGUACCUGCAACUAAUAAAUUAUUAUAUUAUAGAUAUUGUAUAAGUUUUUUUUUAAGUUAUAACUUAUUUUAUUUUAUAUCAUACUAUACAAUUAUUAUUAUGAACAGUUAAAUUAAUUAGAUACUACUCUUGAUUUUGUAUUACUAACAUUUUUUUUUUUUCUAAACUAAAUUAGUCUUGAAAUAAAUAUUUAGAUUCCAUGCAAAGCUAAAUGUAAAAUAUUCUAGUUUUACCAUAGUAAAACCAAGUAUUAUAACUAUAGUUUUUUUAGAAUUAUAAUUCAUAUAUUUAAAUGAUAUCUGAGCAUAAUACUAGUUUUAAUACUAUAUCAAUACCUACAACAAAUAAAUAGUUUAAUUUUAAAUGAUUUUUUAAGUUAUAACUUAUUUUUUAUUAUACAGUACUAUAAUAAUAUUAAUUAUCAUUAUUUACAUAAUAAAAAAAUAUUAUUAAAC